AUGACACAUCUCCAUGUGAUUGAGGAGCGGAUGAAUCAAAGCUUGUCUCUGCUCUACAAGGUACCAUAUGUGGCUGAAGAAAUCCAGGACGAGAUUGAUGAGCUGCUUCAGGAGCAACGUGCAGACAUGGAUCAGUUCACAUCCUCCAUUUCUGAAUCCCAGGUGGACGUCAGAGUGAGCUCUGAGGAGAGCGAAGAAAUUCCCCUGGAAGGCAAACCUUUCCGUCCGUUCCAGGUGAAAACCUUCCCAGCCUUGCCCAAAAGCGAAGGUUCUGGCAUGACCGAGUUGGAUGGGCUGAUUGGCGCCGAAGAAAAAGUGAUUAACAGCAAGAACAAAGUGGAUGAAAACGUGGUAAUUGAUGAAACCCUUGACGUGAAGGAAAUGAUUUUCAACGCGGAGCGUGUUGGCGGGCUGGAUAACGACAACUCCCUUCGCGAUGACUUCAGUUUCAGCAGCAGCGCCCUUAUUGGGCUGUUGGUGAUUGCUGUUGCCAUAGCUACCGUUAUAGUCAUCAGCUUGGUGAUGCUGAGGAAGAGGCAGUAUGGGACCAUCAGCCAUGGAAUUGUGGAGGUUGACCCGAUGCUUACCCCAGAGGAGCGGCAUCUGAGCAAGAUGCAAAACCACGGCUACGAGAACCCCACUUACAAAUACCUGGAGCAGAUGCAGGUAUAAAAAGAGAUGAAAAUACAAGAGCCCUGACCGGGAAAGGAGCAGGGCGGAGGGCCAAAGUGGUCCAGCGUUUUGGAUCAACUACUGACCAACAGUUGCUUCGAGAGGACUUCAUCUUACAUUCAGAACUCCUGGAUCAUUAAGACUGUAAUUACUACUGUAGAGUUGCAAUUUCCAUUCUUUUAAAUGGGUGAAGAAAUGAUAAUAUAACAAUAUGAUAUAUAAAUCUCCUUAAAUGGGAAAAAUGGAUCUAUUGCAGAUAUUUGACUGAGAUGUAGUUUUCUUUUUUUUCUUAAAUAAUCUGAGAAAUACCAGUUCCGUUGUACUGUUGUCUGAUACAAGCGCUAUAUAUAUAAAACGGGAAAUGUUGAUUUUUAUUUCUGAUAGACCACCUGUAUAUUGAGGGUCAUUUGUACCAGCCCGCCUUGUAAAAAGGAGACAGUUGUGGCUCUUCAGUCAUUCUGGCUUUUAUAUAUAAAGCAGUAUUCUUUUUUCCUUUUUUUUUUUUUUAAAAAAGUGAAUUUCACUGGGAGUUGCAAAGAGAUUAAUUUAGGGAUAGGAACUAUGACAGCGUAAGCAAGGAAGCAAUUGGGAAUGGUAACUAACAGAAAUCCUUAUUACGAGAAAAAAAAAAAAGAAAAAGAAAAAAAAAAACCCACCCCAUCCUCAUAUGCCAGUGGUGUGUACCCUGCUGCUUAGCAGUUUGGGCUCUAGGACUCAAGACUCCCUGGAGGCAAGGAGUUAAAAGGCUUCUAGCAUCUCUGUUAAUAGUUAUUCUAGUGGAAUGUUAGAACAUGGUUUGUGCAUACUGGGGUCUGCACAUUCCCCUUCCAGAAUCAGUUCUGCUCUAGAGUUGGAAGUUCCUGGUAUUGACUUUAAAUCCUCCGUUCCGAACCAGUUUCCUUCAGUACUCACCUGGCAUUAACAGCCCCCUCUUGCUACUACUUUCUAAUUUUCCCCAGCUCUCCUGCCUCACCACCGUGGUAAGUAGUUAAGAGACGCAGAUUUUUGAGCCUUUGCAUCGGCUUUGGGGGUUUGCCCAGAAAUGACAAAUCACUGCAAUAAUCAGUACCUUGGGAGCUGGUGAACAUGGAGUUCGCUUUAACCGGGGAGGGAAGAGAGGGACGAGUUGGGAAAGGGAUACCGCCUGCUUUAAGGGAAAUUGGAUGCAUAGGCCCCGAGAAGAACAAAGGGGGUAUUGUUCCGCUCACCAUCGUGUCUUUGUAAUGCUUGUAUAGUUGGUGUUAAUGCUCACGGCUUUUUUAAAUCUGGAGGUUCUGGUAACCUGUGGUGUAUUUUUUCUAUUUUUCCUGUGACUUUAUUUUUUCUUCCCCCUUCCGUGUCUCUUCCCACUAUGCACAGAUUUACCUGCAAACUCCUUAGUGUGGUCUGUGGGGAAUGUACAAAGUUUAAACACAUCAAUAAACACUUUAACUUCCA